AUGGCCCCGCCGUGCCGCUUCGCGCUCGAGCUGCCCGGCUGCGCCCUGCUGCACUUCGCGGUGGGCGGCGCGGGGGGCGCGGACGGCGCGCGCCCCGACGCCCGCCUGGCCGCGCUGCUGGGGCCCCCGGGGCGCAGCUUCUCGCUGUGCGUGUCCGCGGGCGCCGGCGGGGCGCGGGUGCGGGCGGCCCGGCUGCACCAGCGCCUGCGCGGGCGGCUGCAGCGCGGCCCCUUCCGCGGCUGCCAGCUGUGCCCGCUGCUCGGCUACGGCGGCGGCCCGGACGGCGGCCUGCAGCGCGGCUUCCUGCUGCGCGACCCCCACGGCGGCCCCGACACCCGCCGCGCCCUGCUGGAGCUGGUGGGCGCCUGCCCGGAACCCGAGCGCCCGCACCUGGGCGAGUUCGAGGCCGACGCGCGGGGCGCCCUGUGGCUGCGCCUGUGGGCGCUGCGGGACAGCGGGCGGCAGCACCCCGGAGAGCGCGCGCGCGUCCUGCCGCUGCCCGAGCCACCGCUGCACCCGGCGAUGCCCACCCUGCACAGCUACAUGGUCUUCUCGGACCGGGACGCCGCCAGGACCGUGCUGCAGGAG